AAAUAUUGAUAAUUUCCGCAUGACAUAUUACAUUAGCAUACAGUAUCACUUAGUUCCCACAUGUUGUAGGCUAAUUUUAGACAUAGUGUUCGCUUUAUACUGUUGCAUCAUUUUUCCAUCAUCUUGCACGAGAUAGGGAAUAACAACAUGUGUGGAAUUUGGGCAAUUUUCGGUAGCCCCGAUGAUACCAGUAUACAAUGUAACGCUGCUCACAAGAUAACGCAUAGAGGCCCAGAUGCUUUCCGAAUAGAAACAAUUCAUCAUUUCCCGACAUGCUGUCUCGGAUUUCAUCGAUUGGCUAUUGUGGAUGAUCUACAAGGGAUGCAGCCAAUGAGAGUAUUUCGAUAUCCUCAUGUAUGGUUGAUCUAUAAUGGAGAAAUAUACAACCACCAACAGUUGCAGAAAGAAUUUGACUUUCACUAUGCCACAAAAUGUGACGGAGAAGCCAUAAUACAUUUAUAUGCUCAAGGAGGGAUCGAAUUUGCUGCAAAGCAUUUAGACGGUGUGUUCUCUUUCUGUCUACUUGAUACAGCUAACAGAAAAGUUUUCCUGGGAAGAGAUACGUAUGGCGUCCGGCCGAUGUUCAGACUUUAUAAUGACAAUGGGUUUCUUGCCGUCUGCUCUGAAGCCAAAGGUUUAAUAGGAUUGUCCCAGGAAGCCUACAGUGAACAUGUAGAACCAUUCUUACCAGGACAUGUUGAAACGUAUAAACUAGACAUGCUAGGUAAAGCUUCAUUCGAAGAACGAAUUAGAUUCCACAAAAUUGGAGAAGCACCAGCAUAUAACACAGUAGCUGAAAUUCAAGAUAAAAACGAAGUAGAAGAGAAUAUACGCAUCUUGUUUGAAGCAGCAGUUGAAAAAAGAUUGAUGGCUGAAAGACGCAUAGGAUGCCUAUUAUCUGGUGGACUUGAUUCUAGUCUUGUAGCUUCAAUACUUGCAAAGAAGGCAAAAGAAAUGAAACUGUCCUAUCGUAUUCAGACUUUUGCAAUAGGAAUGGAGAACAGUCCAGAUCUGUUAGCAGCAAGAAAGGUGGCAAACUUCUUAGAAACAGAACAUCACGAGGUUGUAUUUACCCCAGAAGAGGGUAUCGCUGCCCUCGAAGAUGUAAUUUAUCACCUAGAAAGUUAUGACGUUACAACCAUACGUGCUUCGGUCGGCAUGUUUCUUCUUAGUAAAUAUAUAAAAGAAAAGACCGACACAACAGUUAUUUUGUCUGGAGAAGGAUCAGACGAGAUAGCUCAGGGAUAUAUAUACUUUCACAAUGCGCCAUCGGGUGCAGAUGCAGACAUCGAAAGUAAACGACUUUGCGAGGAUCUGUAUAUGUUUGAUGUUUUACGUGGUGAUAGGUCAACAUCUGCGUGGGGGUUAGAAAUUCGUGUGCCUUUUCUUGACCACAAGUUUAGUAGCUAUUACCUUUCACUCUCGGACAGUAUAAAACAACCACAAAAAGGCAUAGAGAAAUACCUACUACGUUCUGCAUUUGAUGGUAUUGAUCUCCUUCCAAAAGAUAUUUUGUGGAGACCAAAGGAAGCUUUCAGUGAUGGUGUAUCAUCAAAGACGAGAUCAUGGUUUGAAAUACUACAAGAAUUUAUAUGUGAACAGGUGAACGACAGCGAUUUAGAAUCUCUAGCAUUAACAUAUAAACAUAACACACCAAGGACCAAAGAAGCCCUUUACUAUAGACAAAUAUUUGAGAAAUUUUACUCAGGACAAGGUGAUUGGAUUCCAUAUUACUGGAUGCCUAAAUGGACAGGUGCUACAGAUCCAUCAGCAAGAACAUUGAAGCAUUAUAAGCAGUAGAUUAUUCAUGUUUCAUUUUAGUUAUUACAUUACUCAUAACACCAAUAAAAACAAGGGACAAAACAA